GCCACGUCCUUCUCUUUCAUUAAAUGGAAAUAAACGAAAAUCGGGUAUCGCGAUUCCCGUGACAACUAGAAAAAAAAUAACAAACCAAUAUCGCCAACAGAUUUUCUCUACUGUUUCUUUUUCAGUAUCGUCUAAAAAUCCCACACGUCAAGAUCGUUCGUUCAUCCCACAACUUGAUUCUCGCCUCCUUUUCCACCGAAAUAACAGAAACCGCACAUUUUUCAAAAUGCGCGAAGUGCUUUCAGUUCACAUCGGACAGGGUGGUGUGCAAAUGGGAAAUGCAUGCUGGGAGCUUUACUGUCUGGAGCACGGUAUUCAGCCCGACGGUAUGCUGCCGGCUCAGAGCUGCACAAAUGACGAAGGCUUUCAAACUUUCUUCAGCGAAACCGGCGGCGGAAAAUACGUACCGAGAGCCGUAUUUCUCGACCUGGAACCCACGGUGAUAGAUGAAGUGCGGACGGGGACGUACCACCAGUUAUUUCACCCGGAGCAAUUGAUAUCGGGGAAAGAGGACGCGGCGAAUAAUUACGCCAGGGGUCAUUACACCCUCGGAAAAGAGAUAAUCGAGUUGGUGUUGGACAGGAUAAGAAAAACGGCUGACAAUUGCGCGGGUCUUCAAGGUUUCUUGAUAUUCCACGCGUUCGGAGGAGGUACCGGUUCCGGGUUCACCUCUCUACUGAUGGAACGGUUAUCCGUGGAUUACGGGAAAAAGGCAAAAUUGGAAUUCGCCAUUUAUCCGUCGCCCCAGAUAUCGACGGCCAUCGUAGAGCCAUACAACGCGAUUCUGACGACCCACACUACCCUGGAACACUCCGAUUGCGCGUUUCUAGUAGACAACGAAGCGAUAUACGAUAUUUGCAGGAGAAAUUUGGACAUCGAGAGGCCAACUUACACGAAUCUCAAUCGUUUGAUAGGUCAAAUAGUAUCUUCGAUAACGGCCUCUCUAAGAUUCGACGGCGCCCUCAACGUCGACCUGACGGAAUUUCAAACAAAUUUGGUACCCUAUCCGAGAAUUCAUUUUCCUUUGGCGACCUACGCUCCCAUCGUAUCGGUAGAAAAAGCCUACCACGAACAGCUGACCGUCAUGGAAUUAACGUCCGCUUGUUUCGAGCCCUCCAAUCAGAUGGUAAAAUGCGAUCCUAGAAAGGGAAAGUACAUGGCGUGCUGUAUGCUGUACAGAGGAGAUGUUGUACCGAAAGACGUGAACGCUUCUAUAGCAACGAUCAAAACUAAGAGAACUAUUCAAUUCGUUGAUUGGUGUCCGACCGGCUUCAAAGUAGGUAUUAAUUAUCAACCCCCGACUGUGGUGCCCGGCGGUGACCUUGCCAAGGUUCAAAGAGCGAUGGCGAUGCUCGCGAACACGACAGCGAUCGCCGAGGCAUGGACAAGAUUGAAUAGAAAGUUCGAUCAAAUGUUUGUAAAGAAAGCGUUCGUUCACUGGUAUUACGCGGAAAGCAUGGACGAAUCGGAGUUCAACGAAGCUCGCGAGGAUCUCGCGGCCCUGGAGAAGGAUUACGAGGAGGUCGGAAUGGAUUCCGCGGAAGGUGGCGAAGAAGGGGACGAAAAUUGACAUUGAAAGGGCGGGAAGAAAUCUUCGACGGAAAAAAAAACAACGUACGUCACACGUGUCACCGCGUCUUGUGGGAUGAACGGACUUUGUCUAUCGACGAAUACUGUUUUUUUUUUUUUUUUUUUUUCAAUUUUUUCGAUCUUUUUACGAGAUUUUUUAAUCGUUCGUUUGUUAUCAUGUAUAUUUUAUUUUGAUCUGUUUAUUUUGUACGAUGUAUGUUUAGUUUUUAUAUAACGGUGUAUUUUGUCUUUGUGUAGUCCCGUGUAUUUUGUAGAAAUAUAUAAAAUUCAUUUUCGGGAUGAAUAAAAAAUAAAUAAAUAUCAAACCGAUUCAAUAAAUUUCAACUUUAUUUCAAUUGUUUUUCAAAAUUCUGCCAUAUCAAUUCUGCUAUUCAAAAUCUGACAUCUACCUUCUCUGCGGAGAGAAGGAAUAAAUUUUAUUUGAGAUAAAAAUAAAUAAAAAAAGCACCAAGAUAAUAUAUAAGAAAAGAAGAUUCUCAUAACGGCUGGUCGGGCAUCGCAAAACGAGUUAAUAUAAGCAAAUCAGUUAUGUGUAUAAUUUAUUAAAAUCAAAUACCGGCACGCGAAUACUUACACUGAUUCAAUUCCACGAGGUAAGAGUUGAAAAAAAAAAAAAAAAAACAUUACAAAUAAA